ACAGCAGUAUUUGCGCGCCCCCGCUUGAAGACCGGCUCGAGCCGGUGGGCUAUAAAGAGCCGACGGAACAGUAAGGAAAUAAGGAAACGGUUGAUUUACUUUAACAGAAGACACAGAUGUGUUUUAGGCAUUCAAGAAAGAGAGGACAGAUACAGUAACCAGGGUAACAUAAUAAGCUAUGAUUCUCCUUGUGGAUCGGACAAGACAUUUUUUUUUACAUCAUGCUUAAAACGAGGUUGCUUUAGUCCAGAACAUCGAUUCGUCUGAUCGGAAGCGGAAGAGACAGAGCUGGUCGACUACCGUUAUAGGGAGAACAUAGAAAUAACAUACCGAUAAACUAGCUGCUCAUUUGACCAUUAAAACCUGUUCGUUAUAUUCGACAGUCGACUAUUCUGUGUCGAUCACUUUUCCGACUAGACUGAUCGUCGCUCUGUUGGUGCUCAGACCCAGCCAUGCGGGGGUUAAAGUCAGCGGUGCGGGGGUCCGGGGGGUGCGGGGGUCCAUGUGUGUACGAGGCGGUGCCAGACGGGGGCUGGGGCUGGGCGGUGGCCGUGGCCUUCUUCUUCGUUGAGGUGUUUACCUACGGGACCAUCAAGUCUCUGGGGGUGUUCCUCGAGGACCUCAUGACAGAGUUUGGGGAGAGCAACAGCAGAGUAUCCUGGGUCAUCGCAAUCUGUGUCUUCAUCCUCACAUUCACAGCCCCUCUGUCCUCGGUGCUCAGUAACCGGUUUGGGUACCGUCCCGUAGUGAUGUUGGGGGGUUUUCUGGUCAGUCUGGGUACCAUCAGCUCUGCUUUCGUCUCCUCCAUCAACGAGAUGUACGUCACCAUCGGCAUCGUCUCAGGUCUGGGGUACUGCCUGACCUUCCUGCCCACCAUCACCAUCCUGUCCCAGUACUUCAACAGGAGGAGGUCCCUGGUCACCGCUCUGGCCUCCUCAGGGGAGUCCUUUGCCAUGUUUGUCUUCGCACCAGCCUUCAUGGCCUUGAAGGAGAUCAUCGGCUGGCGCCACUGCCUCAUUGUCAUCGGUCUCAUGCAGGCCUCCGUGAUUGGCUGCGGCGCUCUGCUUCGACCAAUCAUCAUCAGACCUGACCAGGAAGUGUCAGGGGAGGUGUCCAAUAAGGAGAAGCUGUCCGUUAAGCUGCAGACGGUCUACGAGCUGGAGAAUGAGGACACCGAGACCAACGUUAGCUCGGGGGAGUCUGAGGACUCGGGGGAUUCUGGGGUCACCUCUCUGUCCGCCUCCAGUGCUGACCUCCGGGCCACCACAGCCGCACAGGACCCCUCAGAGACCCGGGCCCUCAUGGAGGACCAGGGGGAGAAGAACCAGGGGGGACAGGCAGCCCUUGGAACCCCACUGAAUCAGCUGGAGGCUGGGGAGAAAGAGCAGGGUGAGGUGGGUCCCCUUGUCCAACCCUCCAGACCUAAACUUCUAGACUUUUCUGUGUUGAAAGAUGGAGCGUUCAUCUGCUACUCUCUGUUCGGUCUCUUCGCCACGCUGGGGUUCUUCGCCCCGUCGCUCUACAUCAUAGAGCUCAGUAAGAGCCGCGGCGUCCACCCAGAGAAGGCGGCCUACAUGCUCUCUGUAAUGGCGGUGUCCGAGGUCUGCGGGCGCCUGUCCAUCGGGGUCAUUUUAAACAAGGUGCGGAUGCGUAAGACCCAGGUGCUUCUGGGAUGUGUAGUUCUGCUGUGUCUGGUGCUGCUUGCCUUCACCCAGGUGACUGAGUUCUGGGGCCUGGCAGCCUGCUGCUGCCUCUAUGGCUUCCUGAUGGGCACCGUGGGCUCUACACACAUCCCCAUGCUGGCGGAGGACGACGUGGUGGGCAUAGACAGGAUGCCCUCGUCCGUGGGGGUCUAUGUGUGUAUCCAGAGCUUUGCUGGGUUGGCCGGACCACCACUGGGGGGCCUGUUGGUGGACAAGACCCAGAACUAUGGCUCAGCCUUCUACUCCUGUGCUGUGGGAAUGGGCCUGGGCGCCAUCUUCCUCGCCAUGGUGGGGCCUGCCAAGUCUGGCCUCUGCCACCGCGGGAAGACGAGAAAACAGGAGGAGGAGGAGGAAGGAGAGGAGGAAGGAGGAGAGGAGAGAGGAGGAGAGGAGAGAGGAGGAGAAGAGGAGGAGAAGGUUUCUCAGGACAGUGGAUCAACAGAUUAUCUAGAUGUUGAUCUGGUUGAGGAGACCAGUCCGGCUAAAUGGUCCCCAAAACAGGAGACCAACGCGGUCUGAACGUGGUUGAAUAG